AUGCCCGAAGAAACUUUCAAAGUCAACAGCACAUUCUUCAAAGCUCCCCCGGGAAUACAGCCUGGCUAUUUUUAUAGGAUCUAUACAGCCAGCGGAUCUUACAAAUACCUUCACGCAGACGAUCCCACGCCCCGUGGGCCCGAUUCAAAAGGCGAGAAUCUGGAUUUCAAGGCCAUCCCCAAGGGCAAUUGGGUCGUGGGCAGCCUCCAGCCCAGCCGGAAGAGCCAGGGAAAGUUCAGCCUGGGUGCGACCAGCACAACGCCGCUCAAGGGGAUCGAGAGAACCUGGCAUCAAAAAAGGGUUGACAUCCAAGAUUUGCAGGAGUCCAGGUACGUUCACCUUGAUGAGGAUGAAGAUCUUAUAUUUGAUAAUCUCUGGCACCUCUACUCGAUGCCUCAUAUCCAUCAGGACAGAGCUAUCGGCAAAACCAUUUCUGUUCCACAUGUUGCGUACUUUGCAUACUUCCCAAGUGUUGUGGAGUUGCUUCAGCGGGAGUCAGAUAUGUACCGGACCAUCCAAGGGCAGGGUAUUGGGGAUGAGUUUCUGGGUUACAUCACAGAGAGUCAGAGCAGGAUCAUUGGGAUUCUUGUUGGAUGCAAAGGAUCCGAAUCCGACUUUGAUCAGGAUAUACCGGGGGCAGAGGACAUUGGAGCAUGCCAGUCGGUACUUUCAAAACUGCAGAGACUUGGUAUUUCACUCGGCACGGUGUGGCCGGAGUCAUUCUGGAUCCGCAACAACAAAGCCACCAUCAGCAGCUUUGCCACUUGCGUUCGGGAUGCAAAUGUCCAGGCUAUGGAACGCGAGAUGAAGAGCGUCGAGCGUGCGUUCGCAGACCCAUUGGACGUGAGGAAUUUGAGCAAGGAGUUGAGAGAACAAGUUGAAGCUAUUUUUCGGCGGGACGGCAAGCUGCACCAAGUUGUUAUUUUCCAGGGUCGAUCCCAUAAAUACCAUCUUUCGAAAUGUUGA